AACGCACGGCGAGCCACCUCCGCACCGCCAGGAGAGUGUCGCUUAUGUGGCGUGCCCCUCAGGGUGUUCAGAAAGUGCUGCGCGAUCCGGCUCCCCGAGAACAUGACGGCGCACCUGUGUAUCACCACCUACAGGAGUCCUGACAACUCUGUGCUUAAGCUUGAGUUAUGUUUCGUUGGACAAGACUGCCAGAGGAUUCCCAGCAUUCUCGGCGCGACCUACGGACUUCAGACCAAGCGACUGGACCUCUCCUACAAUGCUAUAAGAUCUCUGGAAGGCUUAGAGAAAUUCCCAUAUUUAGAGGAACUUGUGCUGGACAACAACUAUAUAGAUGACAGCGUGAUGAUUCCGUACCUGGAUACUCUGCACACUCUUUCACUCAACAAGAAUAAGGUGACCAAUCUCGACAAACUGCUGGACCAGGUGAGUGUCCAGCUGCCCAACCUGCGCUACCUGAGUCUGCUCGGCAACGUGGCCUGCCCCGACCAGCUCUCCUCUUCAGACAUGGACGAGAGAGACUACAAGAGAUAUAGACUGUACGUCCUGCAUCGCCUCCCUUCCCUGAAGUUCCUGGAUUCGACGGGCGUGAGGAGGAGCGAGCUGAGGGAGGCGAGGAAGCGGGGAGCGCUGACGAGGGUGAUUCGACCCGGGCUGGAGUCUGCACAAAAUUCAUUGGCUUUGCAAUCUUCUCCGGAAUCGAAGCCUAUGACGCAACGAGCUUCACAGGGCACAGGCGGGGACGCGCAGGUGACCCCUGUAGAGACUAGCAUGAGAGCCAAGCGAAUGAACGGGGAAAGCAAGAAUGGCACAACGAUCAAGCGAGAGAAUUCGGACACGCCCUCGCACCCACAGCAUACAGGUGCGUACGGAGUCCGUCGGUACAAAUAUGUCGGACAUAAUUCAGAGGGAAACCGCUUCAUCCGCAACGAACAUCUCUGAGAGGAGUUCACCCGUGUCUUCGGCCUCGUCAGCGUCCCAUUACCAAGACGAACUCACGGCCUCUCAGUCAAGUCAGAGGCUCGUGCUGGUGGGCGAGAUGAGCCUCUGAGCCUCUGGGAGGACUGGAGGAAGAUGAAGAGGAGAAAGGGAAAUGGUGGAGGUUAUGUUUGUCGAGAAAGGAAGAUUUGAAAUAAAAAACCGCUUUUGAAUUCAUGUGGUGUGAAAGAAGAAGGAACGGUGGUUUAGUGGAGAUAGUGUGUUUGUCGAGAAGGGGGAAUUUUGACAUAAAAAAAAACGCUUUUGAACUCUGGUAUGAGAUUUUCUAUUUGUAUGUGUGAUUUGGUGUAGAUAUGUUUGUCAGGAGGGAAAUUUUGAAAAAAAAAAAGCUUUUUGAAGUAAUGUGGUCUGUAAGUUUUUUUAUGUGCAUAAGAGAGUGAUUUUUUUUCCGAACCCAUAGAAUUGAAAAUAUCUAGAACUGUUUGAAAUGUGAAUGUUUCCGAAUGUAUUUAAGAAACGGAACUGGUCAGUGUACAGUCAUGGACAUCCAAAACUCGCACAGAGAACGUCAUGUGGGUUGGUAACACAUGAUGCUAGAUUAAGAUGUUGAAGUUUAGCCCACGAGGACAAGUGUGUAUAGGAGUAAACAAAAAAAAAAAAGAGACUGGUGUGAUCUAUUGCCAGGAGAAUCGGUUAAUGUGAGCAGUUGUAAAGGAAAACGAGGGAAUAGCAAGUGUUGUGUACGUGAAUGUUGAUAUAUGUUUUAAGAUGAUCUGAAAUGUUUGAGUCUUCGCUAAAAUCUCUCUUCUGUAUGUAAUAGGAGUACACCGCAUGAAACUACAAAAUAGGUUCAAAGGGGAAGAAGAAGAGAAAGAAGAAGAAAGAGAAAAAAGAAAAAAAGAGGAAGAAGAAGAAGCAGUAGACGAAGAAGAGGAAGGAGUAGACGAAGAAUUAGAAGAAGUAGUAGAAGAAGAAGAAGAAGUAGAAACAAAAGUAUUAGUAGUAGAAGAAGAAACAUCAACAACAAAAACAACAACAAACACACCAUUAACCUUCAAGAGGACCCGAAAUUCCACAUCUUCGAAUCAAGAGGCAGAAUAUGUUUUUUUUUAGUCCUUAAAAAAUAAUAAAACGCACGAAAGUUUUACAAUAAGAGUCACUCACACUCACACACACACACACACACACACAC